UUUCAACCUGCUGCGAGAAGCGCGCAUUAUCUACGGAGCGUUUGAAGAGUUGGACUUGCGAGGCAUGAGGUGUGAAGAUUCACAUGUUGCCACAGCGCUAAAGAUCUGUGGUCUGUGCAUUGCCCCUACUCGUCUCACAGUGGAGCUGCGAGAGCUGCAGGCGACUGAGUGCUACCGGCGUGGUCGCAUUCAGCUGUGGGAAUUCUUUGACUUGAUACCCUUGUGUGAGCUCUAUUCGUCCAACGCGCAAGAGUGUCCCACGUCACUAGGAAAGCGUAGCGAGGAUUCACUGUACCCGAUUGAGAACUUUGAAUCCAUUCUUAUGACUGGAAACGAGCGGACGGACAGUUUUCUUGAGCAGAAGUAUCAGAAAGCUCGGCAUCAACAACAUAUUCUGGACACAUCUGCCGAUAGAAACCCCACAGGACUGUUGGGCUCAGUGAGGCAAGUCCCUCGACGAAGACAGGCAAUAUCUAGUGCCACUGCAGCUGUAGCAAUGUGGGAGAGGAUUGAUGCGGCUGAGAAGUCUGUGAAACUGGCCCGUGCCGGUGUCUGGACAAAGGAGAUGGGUGAGCAGUUACAGCAUCGCCGUGACCAGCCUCUACUGGACGAGGGCAGCCCAUUCAAGAACAUGCUCUUAGAGUCACUGCCGGCAAAGCAGCAUGACUGCAGUCGGUGGUACAUGGGAGCGACAAGGUCCAGGGGACAGUCUCUACCAUCAAUACAUGUCAGACAUGUCAGUCGACGGCCGCAACCUCCAAUAGAGGCAGCAGCAGCGGCGGGGACUUCAUCCAACACAGGUACACAUCAUCCUGCCAGCCAUUCCUCAUCACAAGUGGGCGAAAGAAGCACAGAGUGCGAGUAUCGACCUAACCCUGCAUCAGCUAUUCCCACCAACACUCGCCGAGAGAUGAGAAGGAGUGAUGCCACCUAUGCCGCCGCGUCAGCCAGUCAACAAUCCCAACAACCCGACAGUCAUGGACAGCAAUCGUCAGCCUGCUUGUCGAGUGAAAUGGCGAUGAGGAGCCCCACUGUCCAGUCAACUAGACACAGACGUGCUCACAGUGGACCAGGGACGCACCAUGCUCAUGUACACUCUGCCCAUGUUGACCAAUUAUCACCGCUUGUCACAGACAAGGAGCUUGAAGACCACAAGAAGCGGAUGGUUGAACUGGCAUGGAAGAUGAUGAAUCAGAUGCGAAGACUACAGGACACCACGAAACUCAGAACACAGAAUACUCGUACAGCCGGUGUUGGACGUGUGACUGGUCGUUUUCAUCGCUAGCACUAGUGCUAUUACUAUACCUUGGUCCAGGCACUGGCAGGCAGCAUGCUCUUUGCUGAAGUCCAUGCAUCAUGCACACUGCUGCAUUGGACUAUGGCAUAACUGUAUGUGAACCCUGCCCCCCCCCCCCCCCCCCCCCAUUAUAAGUUAUAACUUAUUUUAUUUCCUCUUCAUUCAAGUCUAAACUACGGGGAAAGUACGUUACUUCUCAUUCUACGGGUACUAGGUCUAUCUACAGGUACUAGGUCUAUCUACAGGUCUAUCUACAGGUACUAAGUCUAUCUACAGGUCUAUCUACAGGUCUAUCUAUUAUCUGACAAAUGUUCACAUACAGUACAGGUCAGCCAUUAGCAAGUAUGCUUGCAGACCUAUAGACCGUGAGUACAGGAAUCUAGGAUGUUUAGUUCUUUAUGUACCUCUCCUCGGGUGACUGUUUGAAGACACAAACCUAAGCUAG